AUGAGCGGGAACUAUCAGAGCAUCGCCGACGAACUGGCUGCCGUCACGCAGCGUUUUCACGAAACACAGGAGGGUCUCAUGAUCCAAGGACGCGAGAUGAAACGACUGCAGAGCGAGCUGUCGGCCAAAACUGCGCAGAGCAACCUGAAGUUGAACUCGGAAAUCAACGGCCUCAAGACCCACCUCACCUUUUUGCAUCACAAAUAUGGGAUUUAA